AUGUUAUUGGGAGGGAGUGUGGUAGUCAGGGUGGGGUGGGGGGGGGGUGGGGGUGGGGGGUAUGUGGAGGUGUGGGGUAGGGUGGGUGGGGGGUUGGGGUGGGGGGGGGAGGGGGUGGGGGGGGGGUGGAGGGGGGGGGGUGGGGGGUGGGUUGGUAAGGGGGGGGGGUGGUGGGGGAGUGUGGGGGGGGGCGGGGGGGGGGGGGGAUAUGGAGUGGUUGGGGGGGGGAGUGGUGGGGUGUGGGGGAGGGUUGGGGGGGGGGGGUGGUGGGGGUGGUGGGGUUGGGGGGGGGUGGAGGGGGGGGGGGGUUUGGUGGGGUUGGGGGGGGGGGUGUGGGGGUGGGGGUUGGGGGGGUUGGGUGUGGGGGGGGAGGGGGGGGGGGGGGGGGGGUGGGUUGGGGAGUGGGGUUGUGGGGGGGUUUGUGCGGGGGGGUGGGUGGGGGUUGGGGGGGUGGGGGGGGUGGGGGGGGUGGGGUGGUGGGUGGGGGGGGAGGGGUGGGGGGGGGGGGGGUUGUGUGUGGUGGUGGGGGAGUGGGGUGGGGCCUCCGCCGAAGCGCCUUGGGGGCUUGGGGGGGACGACCACGCCGUCGUGGUGAGGGUGGGUGGUUUGGGGGGUUGGGGUGGGGGUGUGGGUGGGGGGGGGGGGGGGGGGGGUGGGGGGGGGUGGGGGGGGGGGUGGUGGUGUGUGUGGGUUUGUAUGUUGGGGGGGGGGGUUGGGGGGUUGUGGGGGUGUUGUGGGUGGGGGUGGGUGUGGGUGGGGGGGGGGGGGGGGGGUGUGUGGAGGUUGGGCGAGGGGGGGGUGGGGUGGUGGGGGGGGGGGUGGGUUGUGGGGUGGGUGGGGGGGGUGGGGUGGGUGGGGGUUAAGUUGGGAGGGGUGGGGGUGGGGGGGGGGGUGAGUUGGGGGUUGUGGGGUUGGUGUGGUUUUGGGGGGGGGGAGGGGGGGGUGGGGGGUGGGGGUGUGGGGUGGGGGUGGGGGGGUGGGUGGGUGGGGUGGGGGGUGGGGGGGGGUGGGGUGGGGGGUGAGUGGUGUGGCAGGUUGGGGGGGGGGGGGGGUUGGUUGGUGAUGGGUCGGGGGGGAGGGUUGAGUAGGGGGGGUUGGGGGGUGGGGGGGGGGGGGGUGUUGUUGGUAGGGGGAGGGUGGGUGGUUUUGUGGUGGGGGGGGAGGGUAGAUGGGUGGUGUGUUGGGGGGGAAUGUAGGUGGGGGAGGGGGGAGGGUGGGGGUGGGUUGGGGAGGGUGUGUGGGGGUGUGGGUGGGGGGGUGGGGGGUGGAGGGUGUGUGGGGGGUGGGGGGGGGGGGGUGGGGGGGGAGGGGGGGGGGGGGGUUGUGAGGUGGAUGGGUAAUGUGAGUGUGAUGGUUGGUAGGUGUUGGGGGUGGUGGGGUGUUGUUGGGGGGUUGGGGGGGGAGGGGGGGGGUCGGGGGGUGGGGGUGGUAGGUGGGGGGGGUGGGUGGGGGGGGGGUGGGGGGUGUGGAAGGGGGGUGGGGGGUUUAGGGGUGGAUGGGUGGGUGGGGGGGGGAGCUGUGGGGGUAGGGAGGAUGGGGGUUGUGGGGGGGUUGGUGGGUUGGGGGGUGGGGUGGGUGGGGGGGGGUUUGUGGUGGGUGGUGGGGGGGUGGGGUUGGGGGGGGGGGGUGGGUUGGUUGGUGUGGGGGGGCGGUGUGUGGGAGGGGUGGGGAGGUGUGGAGGGUGGUGGUUUGUGUGGUGGUGGGGGGUAUUGGUUUGGUGUGGGGGGGGGGGGGGUUGUUGGUGGUGGUAGGGGGGGGUGGUGGUGGGUUAGUGGUGUGCGUUGGGGGGGUGUGGGGGCUGGUGUUUGGUGGGUGUGUGGUGUGUGUAUGGGGUGGGGGAUGGUGGGGUGGUGGGGGGGGGUGGUGGGGGGAGUGGGGGUGGAGGGUUGA